CAAACAAACAGCUGACAGUGACAGGACGUGUAUGCGACAGGAAGGAUACCAGAGUUUACUGACUGAGCGGACGGGACGGUUACUACGCCAUAUUGAGCUCUGACAGUGAUAAGAAAGGUUAAUGUGGCCUCCUGACAGUGAAAGGGAAGGUUGAUAUGUCCUGAGAUAUGAGUGAAGAGGAAUACUGAAGAAGAAGAAGAAGGAGGAGGAGGUUGAUACGAGUACGAUACAGGAACGUUACCGACUGGCUCCACCCAUACGUUCCCUUCUGUAAUUUCCCACGCAUACGUUCACUGUGGCCGUUCUGAGGCUGCCGAGGAAGAGUUAGAGAAGAAGAAAGCUCAAAAGCGGCAGUAACAGCGAAAUGGAGUUUUCCUGCCAAGUUUGUCUGAGCCGCUAUGACUCUGAGGGCCACCGACCGCUGCUGCUGCCCGCCUGCGGCCACUCCUUCUGUGCCUACUGUGUGCAGGUCCUGGGCCAGCAGGGCAAGACGUACUGCCCCAAAUGCAGGAAGGAGAAUGCGGUGCAGCCCGUCUCCUCCCUGCCCGUCAACUACAGUUUGCUAGAAAUUGUCCAGAGCACGUCACUUGGCGCUGAUGCCGAUGAACCUCCUGAACCUCCUUCCAACCCCAUGGGAGGGACGACUGCCAGGAAAAUGCCACCCCACUCAAGCCUCCCCAAAAGUCUCUCAAGGCCAGUGGGUUGUACUCCGAGAUCAAGCUCUGGUGCCCACGUGCUCAGUAAGCUCCUGCACAAUGGAAUGAACCAAAACUCCACCAGUUUGAGAAACCAACCCAUGUUCACCCCAGCAAGUCCUACAGGAUACACAUCCUUCCCUACACCAGCCGCGAGCACUGUGCAGGCACAUGUGAUAAGGCAACCCAUGUUCACCACAGUAAAUUCAUAUGCUGCAGGUUACACAUCCUUCCCUCCACCAGCCGCGAGCACUGUGCAGGCAUGCAUGAGAAGGCAAUCCAUGUUCCUCCCUGUAAGUUCAUCUGCUGCAGGUUACACAUCCUUCCCUGCACCAGCCCGGAGCACUGUGCAGGCACACGACCCCAACUUCCCCGAGGCAGGGCCUGAGAAAGAGCUGCAGGAUGAGUUGGACUUUCAGAUGGCAAUCCACCUCACUUUUUGCAAGGACUUGAACCAUGACAUCAACCGACACCACAACUGUCCUGUCUGGCGCCGGGAGAGGGAAGACAACGAGGACGUGGCCUCCGUCCUCACCUUCAUGCAGGAGGUGGGUGCAGGAUGCAGCCUAACAAUAUGAUGCCGUGGCUGUUGGGCGAACACUUCACACAGCAGCACGAGGCGGAGCAGUGACAGACAAUUCACAACCCCACUUCAAAGGCUGGGUCAGGGCUACUCCAACAAUAGAAAGUUAUACAUGGUAUCCUA